GACGCGUAGCCGCGGCCUAGCAACCGUUGUCAAGGAGCUGUCUCUAGGAGCCCGCGGGAGCCGGGUACCUCCGGGGGGGUGGGGAGGUGGUUUCGUGAGGAGAAUUUGAGUUUUAAAAGUUAUAAGACGUAAUUAUGAGUGAUCAAAUCAAAUUCAUUGUGGACAAUCUUAAUAAGGAGCCUUUUAAGAAGAAUUAUAAUUUAAUCACAUUUGAUUCCCUGGAACCAAUGCAACUAUUGCAAGUUCUUAAUGAUGUUCUGGCUGAGAUUGACCCAAAGCAAGUUGUUGAUAUCAGAGAGGAGAUGCCAGAGCAGACAGCAAAACGGAUGUUAAACCUUCUUGGUAUCCUUAAGUACAAACCUCCAGGAAAUGCCACGGACAUGAGUACUUUUCGUCAGGGAUAGGUGAUUGGAAGUAAACCUGUUAUUUACCCAGUACUCCACUGGCUUCUUCAGAGGACUAAUGAACUGAAGAAAAGAGCAUAUUUAGCUCGGUUUUUAAUAAAACUUGAGGUACCGGGUGAGUUUCUUCAGGAAGAAACAGUGGCUGACACGAAUAAACAGUAUGAAGAGCUGAUGGAAGCUUUUAAAACUUUGCAUAAAGAAUGUGAGCAGCUCAAGACAUCUGGAUUUUCUACAGCAGAAAUAAGAAGGGAUAUUAGUGCAAUGGAGGAAGAAAAAGAUCAGCUUAUUAAGAGGGUUGAACGUUUGAAGAAAAGGGUGGAGACAGUUCAGAAUCAUCAGCAGAUGCUUAAAAUAGCAAGGCAACUUCGAGUUGAGAAAGAGAGAGAAGAAUUUCUUGCACAACAGAAACAGGAACAAAAGAAUCAGCUAUUUCAUGCAGUGCAGAGAUUGCAGAGAGUACAAAACCAGCUGAAAAGUAUGCGCCAUGCUGCAGCAGACGCAAAGCCUGAAAGUUUAAUGAAGAGGCUAGAGGAGGAGAUAAAAUUUAAUUCAUAUAUGGUAACUGAAAAAUUUCCUAAAGAAUUAGAGAACAAGAAAAAAGAAUUGCACUUUUUACAAAAAGUGGUUUCAGAGCCAGCAAUGGGUCAUUCUGAUCUUCUUGAACUUGAAUCUAAAAUCAAUGAAAUAAACACAGAGAUCAAUCAACUGAUUGAAAAGAAAAUGAUGAGAAAUGAGCCAAUUGAAGGCAAUCUCUCAUUAUACAGGCAACAGGCAUCCAUUAUUUCUCGUAAAAAAGAAGCCAAGGCUGAGGAACUUCAGGAUGCCAAGGAGAAGUUAAGCAGCCUAGAAAGAGAAGUGUCAGUAAAGACAAAUCAGACCCGAGAAUUUGAUGGCACCGAGGUUUUGAAGGGAGAUGAGUUCAAACGAUAUGUCAAUAAACUUCGAAGCAAGAGUACAGUUUUCAAAAAGAAGCAUCAGAUAAUAGCUGAGUUUAAAGCUGAAUUUGGUCUCUUGCAGAGGACUGAAGAACUUCUUAAGCAGCGUUAUGAAAAUAUUCAACAUCAACUGCAAACCAUGGAGGAAAAGAAGGGUAUAUCCGGCUACAGUUAUACACAAGAAGAGCUAGAAAGGGUGUCGGCACUGAAGAGUGAAGUGGAUGAAAUGAAAGGCCGAACCUUGGAUGACAUGUCGGAAAUGGUAAAAAAACUGAAUUCCCUAGUAUUGGAAAAGAAGUCAGAUCUAGCCCCAGUUAUAAAGGAAUUACGACAGUUGCGUCAGAAAUAUCAAGAACUAACCCAGGAGUGUGACGAAAAGAAAACCCAGUAUGAUAGCUGUGCAGCAGGCCUUGAAAGCAAUCGGUCCAAAUUAGAACAGGAAGUUAGAGGACUCCGGGAAGAAUGUCUUCAAGAAGAAAGUAAAUACCAUUAUACAAAUUGUAUGAUUAAGGACCUAGAAGUUCAACUUCGUCGUGCUACUGAUGAGAUGAAGGCCUAUGUCUCCUCCGAUCAGCAAGAAAAGAGGAAGGCAAUUAGGGAACAGUAUACCAAAAAUAUUACUGAACAAGAAAACCUUGGAAAGAAACUUCGAGAAAAGCAAAAAGCUGUACGAGAAAGUCAUGGUCCAAAUAUGAAACAAGCGAAAAUGUGGCAUGAUUUUGAACAGUUGAUGGAAUGUAAAAAACAAUGCUUUCUGAAACAACAAAGCCAAGCUUCUGUUGGUCAGGUAAUUCAGGAGGGAGGAGAGGACAGGCUGAUACUGUGAAUUCUUGGGUCAUUGUUUUGGGUUGUACUUGACAUUAUUAGUUAUAAACACAUUCCAUAAUGUAUUUCUUUUCUUGAAAGUCAAUUCAACAACCUUUUGCUUUCAGAUUAACUUUUUUUGUAAAGUUAAGGUAGACUUAGAUUUAAAAGGGUUUUUGUUGUUGUUGUUUAAUAUGAAAAAGAAGCUUUUAUUGUUUUGCUUAGUUUACAUAUUAGUGGUGUCUCCUGGGUUUUUAUGGGGGAGGAAACUGAGUUUACUACCUACAGAUGUAAACCUAUGUCCAUUAAGAAGCAUGUAGUUUUUU